UUCUGGGUGUCUAGCAACAGCUACCAGCCUAGACAGCCGGCGGCAACGGGAGCGGUGUUUUUCGGUGUGUCUUCCACGAUUAUACGGUGCCUGGUAUUCUCAAUAAAGAGUCGCUUGGCUGAAAGAAGGGGGAAAAGUCAACCCUGACCCCUGCACAGAGAUAUGAGCGGCAGCGGGCGGCCCAGGACCAGCUCGUUUGCUGAGCCGCCAGGUGUUCCAGGAGCCGCCGCUGCGUCCACCGGAUCAGCCGCUGCCGUGGGGAGCAGCACAGGAAAGUCCGGGGUCCCGCAGGCCUCCGGCAGUAGCUCGUCAGGAUGUUCGAACCUCAAGCUUGCCAGAGACAGUGGAAAGGUGACGACGGUCGUGGCCACACCAGGUCAGGGACCGGACCGCCCACAGGAAGUGUCCUACACUGACAUUAAGGUGAUCGGUAAUGGCUCGUUUGGUGUUGUGUACCAAGCCCGCCUCAUCGACAGCCAAGAGAUGGUGGCCAUCAAAAAGGUUCUGCAGGAUAAGAGGUUCAAGAAUCGGGAACUACAGAUCAUGAGGAAGCUUGACCACUGCAACAUUGUUAGGCUACGUUACUUCUUCUACUCCAGUGGGGAGAAGAAAGAUGAAGUGUACCUCAACCUAGUCCUGGACUUUGUCCCUGAGACGGUCUACCGGGUUGCCAGGCAUUUUAACAAGGCCAAGAGCAUCAUUCCUAUCAUAUAUGUCAAGGUGUACAUGUACCAGUUAUUCCGCAGUCUGGCUUAUAUCCAUUCCCAAGGUGUGUGUCACAGAGACAUCAAGCCCCAAAACCUGCUCGUCGACCCAGAAACUGCCAUCCUCAAGCUCUGCGACUUUGGCAGCGCCAAGCAGCUGGUCCGUGGUGAACCCAAUGUGUCGUAUAUCUGCUCACGGUAUUAUCGCGCCCCCGAACUCAUUUUUGGCGCCACAGAUUAUACGGCAAACAUUGACAUCUGGUCAGCAGGUUGUGUACUGGCUGAGCUGCUGCUCGGACAGCCCAUCUUCCCCGGUGACAGUGGAGUGGACCAACUAGUAGAGAUUAUCAAGGUACUAGGAACUCCAACCAGGGAGCAAAUCCGAGAGAUGAACCCAAACUACACAGAAUUCAAGUUUCCUCAGAUUAAAGCUCAUCCAUGGACCAAGGUGUUCAAGCCUCGGACCCCCCCGGAGGCCAUCGCCCUCUGCUCCAGGCUCCUGGAGUACACACCGGCCUCCCGCCUCUCCCCACUAGAGGCCUGUUCACAUGCCUUUUUCGACGAGCUGCGCCAGCCUAACACACGACUGCCCAGUGGCCGAGAACUGCCCAUGCUCUUCAACUUUAGCACCACAGAGCUGUCAAUCCAACCCCAGCUGAACUCGACCCUCAUUCCUCCUCACGCUCGCUCUCACACAGCUGCUUCCGCCCACGAUGGUACCGGUUCAGACUCAUCUCAACACAGUUCAGUACCAGGAUCUCUGAACAGCAUCUGAAGCAGCCUCUGAGCCGCCUGCCUGCCCGUCAGCCUCACCUUCAUCUCAGACACACACACUCACACUCCUCUGCUUUCCCUCGUGCUGCUUCCCUCCUCCUGUAGACCAUGUUUCUGUACAGUAAACCAGUAGUUCUCGAGCUGCAGGAGAUUGUUACACCCUCGCAGACUUACCUCGGUGCUGCUAGAGCGGUAUGUGAAGGUUCAGUAGUGGGGGCUGGUCCUCUGUGAUACAACCUUUUUUUUUUUCUUUUUUUUUUUUUUUAAAUCGACAUUCUUCUUUAUUUUUGUGUUUAUUUAUUUGAAAGCAUCAUCUGAUAAUGACAUUUUGCCUCUAGAGGUUUUCCUUUUUUCACCUCAGAUUAUUUUUUUAUUCAGUCUUUGUACAUCCCUGAUGCUGGGGGGUGGGGUGGGGGGGGUGGACUGUACACUGCCUGAACAGAAUUGGUCCCAAGUUUUAUUAUCAGGGUAAAUGAAAUUCAGAAUUCAUCUCAGGGCUCGAUAAAUCCCUAAAUUCCCCUCCGCGGAGUAAUUUAAACAACAGUCCAAACCGUCGAUCGUCGUUCGCUAACGUGGCUGGUAGAGAAAAACUCGUCAGUAGAUGGUAGCAUUUAGACUUGUUUGGGUGUCACGUGUAGUGUGUGUUUCAGUAUUUUUUGGCGUUAAAAUCCCAACAGCCAGGAUUUAUCAAACAGAGGUGAAAACAAUCAGCCACCAGCUAAAUGCUGCCAUUAUUUAAGAGGCUUUUAUGUAAUAAAAGUGAAAAAUGGUCCCCUGACAUGUUGGACGCUGUUCUAAAUGGACCAAAAAGGUGGACGUAUAUGGUCUUUUCGAGGGCAUUUGCAUGUAAACAUAGGUCAAAUUAGCUUUUAACUCGUUUGAUGUGACUUUUUUUCCCCCCCUAAAUCAUUUCCACUUCCAGAAAGACCUAAGAUGAUUGGAUAUUUUAGAACUGUAAGGAUUGUCUGUAUGAAUGUGAUGCAAAAGCAGCUGAAAGAUUUGAAUCCACAAAUGGAGGCUUGUGUUAUCGUCUGUCAAAGUAGAUCUUCUGCUUUGCUCUUAGAUGACUUUAGUGCCCAGGGCGCUUCUUUAUCUGUUUUACCAACCAGUUCACAGCAUCUGGUUGAUUUUAACGCUGGAAAUAAGCUCAUUAUGGCAAUGAAAAAUGUAGCAGAUCCCUUUAAAUUCAACAGAACAGAGUAGGAUAUUAGGACGUAUUCUGAUUUAUAACAUAAUCACUAACAAUUUAUAUUUAAGGCUCACUAAUGAAAUGAAAUAGUCAAAUUCAACUCAGUUGAAGCUUCUAGAUAAAAAAAAUGCAGCAGGGUGUUUUUAAUGGACUCGCCUGUAAAUGACUUUCACUUUUAUCGUGCAAGAAAACACCUGUGCCCAGAAAUAUCUUAAAGGACUAUUAAACUAAACCUGACAGUAGAAUCUAACACCUGUAUUAACAUAGUGUUUCAGUUUACGCCUUGUUAAUCUGUUUUUAACCUUCAUUCUUAUGGGUAAAUGCGAUCCAGUUUGGAUAAGGAGUCAGGCUUCUAUUUUAAGAGAAUGUUUUAAAAGGACUACUGUUGUAGAGAUUUACAAUUCACCUUCUACUCUUUUUUUUUUUUUUUUUGCUUUCACACCCUUUUAAAGUGUACAUUAUUUAACAAAUUCAGUGGACUGGUUUGGUCGCUUCUGAUUUAUCAUUUAACUUUUAACAUCUGUUUUAAUUCACAUCCAGUAAUAAAAGUCGGCACCUGUUAAAUUAUAACAUAAAUCAAAUAGAUCACAGGCACAAAAUAGGGCUGGGUGAUACAGAUAAAUACAAAUAACUAUCAUGGAGAGUUAUAAUAAAGUAUUCUGAUCCUAUUUAAGUGAUUGGAAAUUUUCAGAAAUCCACAGGUAAAACAUUCAAAUAAUUCUGAUAAAAUGUGCAACAUCAUAAUACAUAUGAGUAAAGUCAAGUAAAAAACAAUAAAAUGUUAGUACUCUAGCUAAAAAUAUCAACAAAAACAUCCCUAAAUACAAAAUAUAUAUAUAAAAAAUAAAGGAACACUGAAUCUUAUUUUAUAUUUUAUCACCCAGCCCUAACAGUCUUAUUUUUUUUUAAAGAGGAAAUCCCCUUUAGUUCACAGAUCAAUCCAGUCCUUGUUUAAUUAUGUAG